UGCGCGGGGGUGCGCGCUUCACUUCAUGAGAUCCUGACGAAUUAAUGUUUACUUAUUAAAAUGCCUUAAAAACUCUCGAACAUCAGGAUUCUAUAGUUUAAUGUAUAGUUUAAUUGUGUCUGAUUCAAUAAUCUGAAGCACCGUGCAUCAGCUGUCCCGCCUCUUGAGUGGACGCGUCCGCGGAGCUCCAUUCUGCGCGUGAGUUCGCUUCAGUCAAACAGCGGUUCCUGAGAGUGCGCGUGGAUUUCUUCAUCUGAAGUAACGUUAAUGUGAUAAAUCGGCAGACCGUGUCGUCAUGAGCGACCGAAUCCCGGUGGCUCGGAGCGGACAGUACAAACCGAGAAUGACCGGAGCGAGCAGUGUGCAGAUGGAGGAUCGCGACGUGAUGCGGCGGAUGGAGAGGGAAAGGAGGAGUCAGGAGGUGCAGCAGGAGGAGAUGCAGUACGACCGAAUCGCUCCUCUCUUCAGCGAGCCGUUCAAGAGAAUCAAAGGCGAUGAGCUGUCGAGUCUCAUCCAGAGGAUGCUGGGUAAUUAUGAGGAUGGAUCUGAUGACCUUUGCUCUGGUGUGGACAGAUCAGAGGCAUCUCUCGCUGCUCCUGCGAGCGCGUCCGGCCCCGUCCCUCCUCCAGGUGAGCGCUGGGACAGUCUGCCGGCCCUCCGUCCCCCCGCGGAGCCGCUGUCCCCUCUGCAGUCCAGUGACUCGGACGGCGGCGCGUCUCCAGAGCGCGGCAGCCGCAGGCUAGACGUCCCGCCGCUGACGCUCACGCUCCCGCUGAAUUUGCACUGUAAACCGGCAAACGUCAAGAAGCCCACAGCGUAUGUGAGGCCGAUGGACGGUCAGGAUCAUGUGACCAGCGAUUCUCCACAACUGAAGGCCUCACCAGAGCACUUACAGGACCUGAAGGAGAGCAGCAAACCAAACCUUCCCCCGCUGCAGUCUGUUGACGUCGUGUCUGGUGGGCGAGUGGAGGACAUUCUGCAGGAAAUGACCUCAUGGCCUCCACUGUUGACGGCCAUUUGUACUCCAAGCAGAGCCGAGCCGCCAAAGUUCGUCUCCACUAACGAGGAGUCGCAUGGAUUCACGGCUCUCAAAGCUCAUGAAUCAUCAGAUGGUGUUCAGCUGGAACCGCAAGGAGGUUCCAGCAGCUCCAGUGACUCUGACAGCAGUUCAGACACUGACAGUGAGAACAACAACAGCCCAGAUCAACCAGCAGCUCAUGAACCAUCACACACACAGACACAGAAAGGGAGUGACUGGCAGUUGGGAAGAUGGUUAGAAAGCAAGGAGAACCAGCACCAGCAGAGCCCUGGCAGCCCAUAUGAUGUCAUCAAGCCCAACUCCCAUGAUUCCGCUGGACGGACAGAGGCUGCAGGUCAGCAGGGUUGCUAUAGUAACCCGACUGACAGCGGCAAAACGUCUGAUCACAGACAGACUGUGGGAAACACGUCCACGUGUGAGAGUCUGCUGUUAGGAAGCACAUGCGUGGAAAUUUCCCAGCGUGAUGAAAAUACUACCACGCGCAGAUUGAAACACAAGAAAACAACACGUGACACAGAGCAGAAGAGAACAACAACAGACAACAAACAAACAGAUGGGAAACAGACGCGUCAGCCGCUGCUGGUGAAGAUUCAGCUGAACCUGCUCUCCAGAAUCCCUCGGGAGCCCAAAGCAGUCCGACGCCGAACCAGCCUGACGUCCGGGCGCAAGAGAGCCGCAGAGAGGGAUGAAAAGUCUCCAAAGAAGAAACAGAAACUGGAAAAAAAAGGAAAACAGUCUUUCUCGUCUCAGCACAGCCUCCACCGAUCAGAAGCCGGCAGGAACAGCGACAGCACGACGAUGAAGAGGAGGAAGAGUGUGAAACACAGCUCAGGUUUUCUUCAGGACGCAUCAGGACACAAGCGUCCAUCCGCAGCGGCUCCUGACAGCCAGCCGAGGACAGCAGAGGCUCAUGGGAAGCAGAAAUCCUGCAAGAGCCGCAACGUCCUGCCGGAGAAAACGUGUCCUCCUGCAGCCGAAGCACGAGCGCUGCUGCCGCCCGACCGCAGGCAGCGCUCCGUGGAAGAUCAUCUGAAGGAAGCCAAAAAACUGAAGCAUAAAGCAGACGCUACGCCGGAUAAGACGGCUAAAGCCCUCAGCUAUCUGGAGGCUGCGCUGGCAUUCGUGGAGAGCGCCGUCGCCAUGGAGACGGAGCCACAGACGCCCAAAUCCGCCUACACCAUGCUCUCUGAGACUCUGGAUCUGAUCAGGUUUAUACUCAAACUGAAGAACUACACGGAUCCUUCGGCCGUGGCUCAUGAGAGGGAUUUCUUCAUCCUGUGUCUGCGCUGCCAGUCUCUGCUGCAGAUGGCCAUGUUCCGCUACAGACGGGAUUCAGCGCUGCGAUACUCGCGGACGCUCGCCGAUCAUUUCAGAAGCUCAUCAUGGUCUGCAUCUCCCGCCGUGUCCAGGAGUUCCUCAGCGGCCGCCGGCAGCUCGCUCGUCAUUCCUCAACCUGUCCAGCAGGCAGCGGCGUCUUACGUCAGCAUUACGGCGCUCUUCCUGAGCGCUCACGAGACGUGGGAGCAGGCCGAUGAUCUCACAGACUCGGGCAGUGGUUUGCUGCGAGAGCUGGAUUCAGCCGUCGGUCCUCUCAGUCUGACGGCCUCCAUGAGCUCAUUAGUGACAUAUGUGCGUCACGGCCUCCACUGGAUCAGACGCGACACGCAGAACUCGCUCUGAUCACUCGCCGUCAUGAGCAACAGGAGCGUCACAUGAUUCAGAGGAGAAUGAAGGAUUCUGGGAAGAUGCGGCAGCUUUUAUUCACAGAUGCAGAGAGAUUGAUCAUCUCGUCUGAUCGACUAGCGGCUCAUGAAACUAUCAUUCUGAAACUUCUUCAGCACUGAACAAACCCGUGUCACGUCCUGCUCAUCAGUCAUGUGACGACGCAGUUCUGCUGCUGAACUCCAAGUGCCUUUGUUUUGUAUUUUCUUAGGGUUAGUUGAUCAGAUCAAGAGUGUCGAGAAUUGCAAUGAAAAUGUUUUUGAUUUCAAGUAUUUAUAUCAUCACGUGACCUUUGACCCAUUAGAGAAACAGUGGAAGUCACAGAAAAUGAUGCAGCAGUUGUUUGUAUGUACAGCCGAUGGGCCUGACCUCUGGAGCUUUUCCCAUGAUUGUCUCUAUUAAUGUUGAUAUGUUUGUGCAAGAUCGUUUAGGUUUAUUUUUUUGCGGUGGGGGAAGGGAUUAUUUAUUUGUGUUAGUAGAUAUUUCUAAUAUCAUUUUUGAUCAAGCGCAGAAAUGAUUUUCUGAACAGGCGAUUGAUUGGUUGCUUGUUCUAGAUACUGACUCCUCAUUGGCACUUUUUAAAUUGAGCACUAAGUAUUUCCUGUUUCCAUCAGUAUUUCCUCUUCCUCUUAAUCUUGGUCCAGAGCAGCAGAUGUUGAUCGACACCCAGACUAUGAUUUCAUUUAUUUUCAGAGAACUCUGAAAGAUUAAAAUACUGUCGAAAUGGACCAUCAAAAUUAAACUAUUUGUAUUCUUUUCUACCCCUCGAUUGUGCAGUGGGAGUUUGGGUUGGUUUUCUACAACCUUAUCAAAUCUCAUAAAGAGCAGAAGUCUAAUUUGAUUAACUGACGAAUCUUAAUUGAAAAUGUGUUUGUGCGUCACAUUGUGUUUGUGAAAAAUUGUUCCCUUUUUUCUGGUGACUGAGUUCAGCUGACGGACUCAGGAUCCAUUUGGAUUUGAAUUGAAUUAAAUCUUUAUUAUCCUUUA